CGUGAUUACGAAAUAAGAAUGAAAAUUGAAAUGUUACACGCGAUGAAAGUAUUUAUUUUAAACGCGGCCUAAAGCUCGGUAAUGGCAGUUGCAUGCGUUGCAUGGGAGUAAACGAACGGACGUACAGUCGGACGGACAGACAGCUGCAGUGUCAUCGCCUUGGUGUGCGUCGUAUUGUACGAAACUGAACUUGUAGUGUCGGAAGUUCGAAAAGCAGCGAGCUGCUACUAUGUCUCAGCGAAAAUUGAUAAAAGUUACGUCGCGAUCAAUGUCGCCUAUUUGGCCAAGAGGAUUCGCGAUGUAGCCUCUUUCAUAGUCGAUUUCAUUCGCGUUCGCGUUUAUUCAUCAUCGAUGCACCGAGAAGUAUCGGGAGUAUUUCGUGCAACAUUUCCGAAACCGAGUCGCAUGAAAUCUCCUGUUGUUGCCCUCGUAACAACAUCCGUUUACUGUUGUGUCACCCUUCGUCGUUACACACGACGUUUUCAUUCUCAUUUAGUAUCUCCGUUGUCAUCAUUAUCAAGUGCCUUCUCUCUCCCUCUCUCACGCUCUUGACUCACUACUUUCCGAUCUGAAUCGCGCGAAACCAAAGCGUAUGCAACGAGUGACGUACUAAUAUAUUUGUCAAUCUAAAUUCCGUGUAGGUGGAAAGUCCUGUCUCUGCAUAUAGUUUGUUCACAUAAAUGGAAAUUCACUUUAAGAAGAGCAUCGAUAUGAGGUGGAUGGUUCAUUCCAGAAUGUAUCGCAUUUAAGAGGCAUCCUGAAUACAAGAAAGUUUCCUUGACAACAACAGCAAACUGUCAUCGUUUGGUACAUAGAAUUAGAGGAAAAAAUGUCCCAAUUAAGUAUUAGUACAGGAAAGAGAGGGAGGAGUGUCGCAAGCUCCUCUGCAUCAACUGUAUCAUCUCUAAGUAGCUCAACUGACUUAGCCAGUCUUUUUGAAUGUCCAGUUUGCUUUGAUUAUGUUCUUCCACCAAUUUUACAAUGCCAGAGUGGACACCUUGUUUGUAGCACUUGUCGACCAAAACUCAAUUGCUGUCCUACGUGUAGAGGUCCAUUAGGUAAUAUUCGUAACCUGGCCAUGGAAAAAGUGGCAGGCAAUGUAAUGUUUCCUUGCAAAUAUUCGACAAGUGGGUGCACCAUCUCUUUAGUGCAUACCGAAAAGGCAGAUCACGAAGAUGCAUGUGAAUUCCGUCCAUACAGUUGUCCUUGUCCAGGUGCUUCUUGCAAAUGGCAAGGAUCUCUCGAACAAGUAAUGCCACAUCUUGUCAUGAGUCACAAAAGUAUUACGACUCUUCAAGGGGAAGACAUUGUUUUUUUAGCAACUGAUAUUAAUCUUCCCGGUGCAGUGGAUUGGGUAAUGAUGCAGUCCUGCUUCGGUCAUCAUUUUAUGCUAGUGCUUGAAAAACAAGAAAAAUAUGAUGGGCAUCAACAAUUUUUUGCAAUUGUUCAAUUGAUCGGCUCGAGAAAGCAAGCAGAAAAUUUUGCUUACAGACUAGAAUUAAAUGGACAUAAAAGGCGUCUAACAUGGGAAGCUAUGCCACGCUCUAUUCAUGAAGGUGUUUCAUCUGCAAUUUUAAAUUCAGAUUGCCUUGUAUUCGAUACAUCUAUUGCGCAAUUAUUUGCCGAUAAUGGAAAUUUAGGAAUAAAUGUUACAAUUUCCAUGGCAUGAGGAAAGUUGGAAAAAGCAGUGUGAAAUCUUUUAAGUGUACCGAGCGGUCUUUGGAUUGUAAUUUCAUCUUCAUGCCGAGGAUUGCCCGUUAUGUAUAUAUAUAACAUUUUUUACGUUACCACAGAUAAAUAUUAGCAAUACGGAUGUUAGAAAAUGUUUGGAAUGUGUUGAUAAAGCACAGUAAUCAAACGCUCAGUUACAGGACCUCUCUUUAGAAGCUUUAAAGUGUACUUGUAUGUGAUAUUAACACUACAACACGAUUACAAUAAACAACCUUUCUGUAUAUUUAUGCUGACUUCAAAGCUUUGACACUGGGUAAAGCAUCGAUUCCAAAAAGUACCUGAUACCUAUUGCAUACUGACGUCACGUUUUUUUUCAUCAUUUUUUACAGAACCAGUUUUCAUAAGAACAUUUUUUUAAAAUUUGAUGCUUUUUAAUAAAAGGUGUAGUCUUUAUAAAAACAACGAUAUAUAUUUUAUAAAAAGAAUAUAAUUUUAUCCAAAGAUCUGUCUUGAUCUGUUCACAUACAGUCUGCUAAUGCAAACAAACUUGAAGAACAUACAUGAAGAAAUCCUUAUAUACGUAAUUUUUUUACUGUAUAGUAUUGAAUUGAACGCAUUAAGUACACAUUUGUCAUUAUUUAUUUUCAUUUAGGAACAUCAUACGUUCGCAUAUUUAUUAUUAUCAUUUAAUUUUGUUUAUAAUUAUAAUUUUUUAAUGGAAUU